AUGCCGAGAGGUAGCGAGGAGAGAAGAAGCAGCGGGGGUCGGGGGAGGAGCAGGAAGAAGGAUGUGGUGAACGACCGGGACGUUAGGAUGAAGAUGUUCGGGAGGCGCGCGUUGGAAGGAGUUCCGGNGAGUUCCGGGUCACCCGGAGACGAGGAUGGUGGGCGAGGAUCUGCAGUAUGGGAGUCGCGGGAAAGUCUACUGCAGCAAUUUGCUGCAGGUACUGGGGGUACUUAG